AUGUGUGAAAAUUUGGGAAAAAUUUGGGAAAAUUUGGGAAAAUUGGGGGAAAUUGGGAAAAAUUUGGGAAAAUUGGGGAAAUUGGAGAAAUUUAGGAAAAUUGGGGGAAAAUUUGGGGAAAUUGUGGAAAAUUUAGGAAAAUUGGGAAAAAUUGGGGAAAAUUUGGGAAAAUUGGGGAAAAUUUGGGAAAUUGGAGAAAUUUGGGGAAAAUGGAGGAAAUUGGGAAAAAUUGGGAAAAUUUGGAUAAAUUGGGAAAAUUCGGAAAAUUGGGAUAAAUCGGGGAAAAUUUGGGAAAAUUUGGGAAAAUUGGGGAAAUUGUGGGAAAUUGGAUCAAUUUGGGAAAAUUGUGGAAAUUUGGGGAAAUUAGGAAAAAUUUGGGAAAAUUGGAAAAAAAAAUUGGGAAAAUUGGGGAAAAUCUGA